AAUUGUUCGUUUUUCAUAAGCUACAAUUUCUGCCCCCAUGCUAAGAAAAUAAAUGAAAAAAAAAAAAUUUUCACCCCACCCUACUACAUGCGUACAAUAUAGGCAAACUACUUUCAUUUCGCAUAAUCACUGUUGGCCUAGAUAUCAAUUGUUAAACGGUAAACGCGUGUACAUGUUGGUGUAAGCGAUACGCUCGUUGCAAUUGUCCCUCGAGUACAAAUUCCCACUGCAAAUAUAACGACGUAAACUCGUUAUGAUGACUAGUGAUGCACAAUGCGUUGUAUUUGAAAAAAAAAAAAAAAUCCGGAACAAAUUAAUGUCAGUUUUUUGUAUGGUUUCGAAAUGCUGUAGGAAAUCCGGUUUCUUGAAUCGUGAAUUAAAUUCGCGCCACAGGUGUAUCUGUCCAAGUUACUAAAGGAAUUAUAAAUUUAUCAGUUGACCAAAUUCAAUCGAGUGUUUUAUAUUUUAUACCGUGAAUAGAAAAACUUCUAGUUUCCUUGAAAGCAUAAACCGUCGUUUGAUCUCAACUCCAAACUCAUGAGGAAUUUAUAAUCAAUUCAAAAUUUACGAUAAAAAAAGCCGCCGGCACUUACCUAUUAAUAUCGUUCUCUGAAAUUAUUAGAUACUGCUCUCUCCAUCUAGGCCGGUGGAAAGGUUUUUUUUAUUUCGAAAAAAAGAUAUAAUUAAUUAUUAAAAUAUUUUAUCAUAAGAGCGAUGGCGUAGUUCGAAGUGUUCGAAAUCGCAGAGUAAUUGCGGUGGCAGUUUGAGAAUAAUUCAGGUGAAGUACGGAGUACUUCGAAAAUUUCUGCGCAAGCGUGUUGUACGUACAUAUCCGGCGUAAUACCGUCGAUAAUCCACUUUGGCUUACAGCUUUAUGCAUACCUGAACGCUGAGACUAAUACAAUUAUGAUAUUCAAAAAACAUAAUUGAAAAGAGAGAGAGAGAGAGAGAGAGAGACGAGCGAGUUGAAAUUUACAAAUGAAAGAACAAUAUCAUAGCGCGUCAGCAAAGGGAUGAAAUUCUUUCACUUUCAACGGUAAUAUAGACGAAAGAAUAACGUGGCGGCGUCCGUGCUGUCGGAAAAUCGAGUCCUUUUUUAAAUUUUCUCAAAUAAUAUGAUAAACCCAGUUGAAAACCGCGUCCUCGCCUUUGUACUUCCGUUUUCAUCCUCGAGGAUGCAGGAUAUACCGCAGGAUAUCCUGAAUCCUCGAGGAUGAAAUUCUGAGAAAACCACCCUUGAUUUCCUUGCGCUCGUCGUCGCAAUUUUUUUUUUUAUUUCAAGGUUUGCGGUUUUGUUACACGAGUACAACGCGAGAUAAGGAGAGAAAGAGACGGUGAGAUGAAAGAGAUAGAAGUUUACAAAGGGGAGAACAAGAUUGAAAAAAGCACAAAGGGAGACCCUGAAAAUUCAGGAUCAUGCGCCAUAGGGACGCGAUAAGAAGGAUAGGAUGAUAGGGUGAAAAUCGGAGAGUAACGAGUACCGCGUUAUGAGCCGACGAAAACGGUGGGGGAGAAGGUAGUAGGAAUAGAGCCAGCGAAGGCAAACUAUGCUUAGAAAGCUCAGUGGCACCUCGGCCAGCGAAGAGCAUUUUCACACAUCAAUCUACCUGCGGAGCAGGUGGUGCGAAGCAACGUUGUUCCGUUUCACCGAACUGUGACAACGGAAUUUGGAUAUCGAAAAAUAAUUCGCUUGAUUUCGACGGUAACGCUGCGACGCGCGUUUCGCGAAUAAUUUGCGCCAAAAAAUUUUACGACAACGUUUUAUCGCACCUGUAAACGCCACUUUUUCCUUCGCGCUUUUUUCGACGAUCGGUUACUCAGUGAGUGCAGAAUCUCUGCUGUGACGUGCGUAUUUCGAAGGACUAUUUUAAAAGCAUUGCAGACGUAGAAAAUAAAUUUACGCAAGUUAUCGAUAUUCGUUAUUCAUUUUAUCUUCUCAACUCGAAUCUCUUCUCGUCUAUUUCUCUUCAUUAUUCACCCCUUUUUUUUUCUUCCAAAGAGUAAAGAUUUAUUUUUUGCUCCCUUUUUUAAUUUUUUAGUUUCACGUCACGGCUGACGAAUAAACCCUUUUUGUGCCCCGCAAUGAAAAACCUACCGAAGUUACAACGGUUGUAGGUCUUUUUUUUCACUUUCUCUUCAAACUUUUCACCACCAAAACUAUAGGUACCAAUAGCUGAAACCCUGCCGUGCUUAAGAUAUUUUAUAACGCGAUGAAAAUUUGUCACUCCCAAUGAUUGUUUUAUAGACGUUAUUUAUCGAUCUAAUAAUCGACAAUUUUUCCUACACCCAUCGUAAUCUAAUAGAAAAUUUUACGUGGGAUCGCGAGGUGCAGCGUGUAUGCAGAAAUUUUAUACCAAUACGAAGGAUAUUACAACCGUAUCAUUUCCGGUUUUCAAGAAAUAAAUUACCCCACAUAGCUGUAGGAAGUAAUUUCUGCAUGUGCACCGUACAUACAUAGUUACAGCCAUUAACGUGUCUCAUUUUCGAUGAAUAAAAACACUAUGAACUGAAAUUAUUAACGUCGUUGAAAAUCUAUUACGUAAUCGAAAUCAUCGCCUACAAUUCUUCUUCUUUAUGCGAUUGCAUGUGCCCAUAUGUUCAUAGAUGGAAAACGUUAGGAUUACCGUUAAAACGUAUACCACCUGAAAGAGCUCGUCUCAUUCACUCUGAAAAAAUAUUUCAUCAAAAAAAUAAGACGCGAGCGAAGAUGAUUUCUUUAUGAUUGGAAAAAAAAAAGAAUCAAGCAAAAGGAAGGAGGAUAAAUUAUUAUUCAGACACUUGUAACCAUCGCGAAUCUCUGCACAGGCGAUGGUGACGGUGACGCGAAAUUGUUUACCGUUAAAUAAUUCGUGUACACACGCGUAUGACCAUACGUGUAUUAUGCAUAUAGGUAUACAUAAUAAUGUGCCAAGCAUCGGAAUUUAUGAUUGAAGCUUUUCGACGAGCAGCUGGAAACCGGUGAACGUGGAACGGUGUAUGAUAUAAAAUUGUGUAAGCAUAUAUACGGUAUAGAAUGACGGGAGGUUAAUUUGAGAGAAGAAAAAACCAAGGGAAAAAAAAAAAAAAACUAAAAUAAAACUAUAAAAACUGAAAAGCUACGUCACGGUGCAAUAUCGUUCUGUUCAAAUGUGGGUCACAUUCACGAGCCUUCGAGGCAAGUUGGCCUAUCGCGAAUAGAAGAGAAAUAAAGGAAAAGAAGAGAGGAAGAAGGCAGAGCAAAAACAAAGGGUUGUUGAAGAAUUGAGAAAUGAAAUAUGAAAAAAUGAAAUUUUUAGUUGACGCGUUCAUUUGAAUCGCGGUGUUACGUGUUUGGUAUCAUAUGGGCAAAGAUCGUUACGGUAAUUAUGUGGUGUGCAAGGGUUGAUAUAUCUAAUUUUAUCGUACGUAAACGGAUGAUUCAAUGAAUACACCGAUUACCACAUGGACUGUGUGUACCGAGAAUCGCUAUUAUCUGCACGAAUAAUUUACGAAGAGAUGCUGAAACGUCGUUUAAACCGAUUUAAUGUCACGCGACUCAAAUUACGGGUGGGAACGACGCGGUCGACAGGUGAUAAUAUAUUGUUAGAGGAAGUGGGCUUCGCGGUUGAAAUUAAAUCAAACUCGGCGAUAAAGGGAAAUCUGCAACGAACAUCAUAGACGGUGUUAAACUGAAAAAGUGAAAAGAACGAUGGAGUCCAUCGAUCAGACGGAGUUUGUGGAACCGAUCCAGGAGAAUUCGGCUGCAACUAACAGUUACACCCUCCUCUUGGCAAAAAUUGGAGCAAUGUUGGGCCUUGGAAUAGGGUCUCUCUGCGUGGGCGCCUUACCCCUUUGCGUAAGCCGAUGCAGACUGAAAAGGAGGAAUUCGAGUACCGCCGAAGGUCUCUUGACAUCUCUUCUCCUCUGUUUCGGCGGUGGAGUGCUCCUCUUUACAACUUUUCUUCACCUCGCACCGGAAGUGCGUCAGAGUGUACAGAAACUUCAGGAGAACGGUCAACUGGUAAACCUCGGUGGUAAUUUGGGACUCGCCGAGUUAUUGCUUUGCGCUGGUUUUUUCUUCGUUUAUUUAGUCGAAGAGGCUGUACACGCGUUGCUAGACCGAAAACCAGAGGCUACAGAAGCCGCCCUUCACAGAAGCGUUUCGCUCAGACGUUGCAACAGAGGUGAAAGAAGCGGAAGUAGAAGCGGAACACGAAGCGGUAGUAGGAGAAAGGAGACCGCAAGGAGUGAAAAGUUGUCACCGAACGACGCGAAGAUAUCACCGAUCAAUAACGAUCACCACAUCGACGCUGAGUUUGACAACUCUGGUUUAUUCGCCACAAGGAAUUCCAGGAUACAGGAAAAUUCCGGAUUCGAUAAAAACGGACAUCUGGGGGGCAGAUUUGACUCCGGUAAAGUGCAGCUGAGAAAUUCAAACUGCCCUUGUACAGCGGUGUCCGGUAAUUACGAUCAGACGAUUGUUCAAGAAACGAAUGCGAAUACGCAAGCCCUUCAAACUGAACGAAUCCAGAGAAACAGCUUCGGAAAUACGACACCGUUGACGCAAAACGAUAAUUAUUUGCCCCAGAAUCCACAGAUGUCCCGAGGACUCGAGGGUAUAAUCGACGUAAAAUCGAAUCGGCUUUGUAAUCUGCCUCUCGGACAUUCCAACUUACGCUCGUCCGCGUCAGCUGGAGGUUUGAGUUCUUCGAGUACGUCUUCGUCGACGGCUGUCGCGACUCCCCCGAACGCUUCGGUUCGCGGUCUUUUAACGGUGAUAGCGCUAUCGUUUCACGCUAUUUUCGAAGGGCUUGCCGUCGGCCUUGAACCUUCGGUCGCCUCGGUUAUAUACCUCGCGGCGGCUAUAGCAACGCAUAAAUUAGUGAUAGCAUUUUGCGUCGGUAUGGAGAUGGUAGCUGCGGGAGCAAACACUAGAAUCGUUAUGGGAUACCUCGCCGUUUUUUCGAUCGUUACCCCGAUCGGAAUCGGCGUUGGAUUGGCCUUAGAACGUUUCGAAGACGGCGGCGACGGCUUGGGCCCGGUACCCGCACUUCUUCAGGGAACUGCAGCCGGAACUCUUCUCUACGUUGUUUUCUUCGAGGUCCUUGCGCGGGAAAGGGCCAACGAGAAAAGUGGACUUUUACAGCUCACCGCAAUCGUCCUCGGAUUUAUGCUCAUGCUCGGAUUGCAACUUGCCACUUCGCACUCUCACGACCACGGUCACGGUCAUGGCAAUUCCCACGGGCAUCAGCACGAGCACAGCGAUCACGUCCACGAUCACGAUCACGAUCACGAUCAGGAGGAUCACAAGGAUCAUGAUGAACAUCAUCAUCACCAUCGUCAUCAAGAUGUUAUAACAACUACAAUAGCAGGAGUAACGGAAAAAGUAAUCGACGUAAUAUCCACCACCUUGGCCUCAGCUACGUCUGUAACGGAUAGACGUACUUAACGUUACGUGGAUAUUUAAUCAUUUAUAUAUUUAUCAAAUAUGAUAGAAAAAUUUUGCUGGUAAAUAAUGCCUUGUGGGCUUCAUUAACGCAGCGAGUUUAAUGGCCUGGAAAAAUGAAGUUGUACUCGAUAAUUUUUCAUCUUCGGACGGAGAAGAAGACGCUUAAUGAACACUUGCAGCUAUCCGAAGCUGGAAAUCCCAACUCUACUGUACGUUUUUCGAAAAUUGCCAGCGAUGAUUGCAUAAUCGCAGCCUCAACGAUCGGUAGUUUUCGCUUCGAGAAGAGAAAAAACUGAGGAGAGUACCGUUACGAGGUGACUUCGUUCAUGCGGAACGAAAGGGAACAAUGAUCGGCAGUUUCUAUCCAAUACAUCGAAUCUCCGGGGCUUCAUUAAUUACCUAUUUUCCUCUUAAAUUUGACGCCCUGAAGAAGAUCUAUAGAACAAAUAAAAAACAAGCAACUCGAACUAGGAAGAGCUUGAUGUAGCUGUCGUAUCUCAUGGUGAUUGAUUGAAGACGAAGACGGCGAAACUUUGAGGAAAGUAUAAACCCUUUGUAUUUUAAUAUGAUUUUCAAUGAGGGAAAUAUUAUUUGAAUAGAGAUUAAUUCACGUCCACCUGCCGCCUUUUAAUCCGUGACUUUGAGGUCGCGCCAAGUUUCGUACAUCGACUGAUCUUGAUCGGAGGAGCAAAUUUGAAAUACUUUGCUCCACGAGAAUCAAAUAGAAAUAAUUUUUCCGUGAAAUGUACAUCGUAAAAUGCAAUUUGCUUGCAGCCUUUUAGUCUGCCUUCUUGCCAAGUCACAAGUAUCUAAUUUUUUGUUGUUCAUCAACUUUCGAAAGAACUGUCGAAAAUUAUUGGCGAUUCAAUCAUAUUGGUUUAAACUGAAUGACUACAGGUAUGAUUAACUCAAUUGCAGAUUUUCAUGCUACUUUUGUAAUCCGUGUAUAAAAAGUGAGCUCGUAAUCUUCGUUACGACACUAACGAUGAAACGGAAAUAAAUAUUCUGAUAUUAAAACACUCACGUCUUUCACACAUGGUAAUUACAAAUUAAAAGACUUUAUAUUACGAUCACGAUUGAUUACUUUAUAAUUCACUUAAGAAUGAUAGUUUUUUAUUUUUUUUUAAAAUGCGCCAUCGAAGUCCGGUAAUUAAUCAAGAUGUGUCUUUCCAAUUAAGUUAUGAAAUAAGAACUAGACUGUCGCAUAUCGUAAUAAAAAAAUGUAAAACGUUUGUUCAAAGAUUUAGAAUGAUAUAUGACAAUUUAUAUGAUAAGACGUUUUAAUAGUACUCCUGAAUGAAAUAAUAUUCUACAAUCUGUUAUGACUGAACGACAUAUUAGACAAAAGGAAAUAAUUAAGAUGUUAAUCAUUAUGUAAUGAAUAACUAUACGAAACUCAAAUUACUGUAUUCAAAAUACAGUUACAUGUAUCAAUUAGCCGUUUGCCGAGUUAUUAUUGAAUAAGUAACUGUAUGUAUACGUAUAUUAUACAAAUAUAUUUUAAUUGACUCUAUUUUUAUUUAAUCGUUAGUCUAUUUUAUAUUGUAAAAAUAUGUUCGUUGAAUAAGAAACAUUUCAACUGUG